AUGGCGUUGAGCAAUCCGUACGAAGAGUCCAAACACAAGCCUGGAUACGUCGGAUUGCCAUUACCCGGUGUUCAAGUGAAGCUCGCACCUUUGGUUGGCGCGGACGGUGACGAGGACACGUCGGAUGUCGAUUCCGGUGAGUAUCUUCAAGGUCCGGGUGAGCUCCUCGUCAAAGGUGACAAUUUGUUCACAGAGUACUAUGACAACGCAGAGGCGACGUCGGAGAGCUUUGACGAAAGUGGAUACUUUAAAACGGGAGAUGUCGCAGCGAUGGCAAGCGAUGGGUUUUGGCGCAUUCUCGGGCGCGCAUCUGUGGACGUGCUUAAGAUAGGAGGCUUCAAGGUGAGCGCGCUCGAAAUCGAGGCGCGCCUGCUCGAAAAUCCAUCCAUCGCCGAAGUCGCCGUAUUGGGCAUCCCGGACGAAGCGUACGGACAACGAGCGGUUGCGCUCGUCGUUCUCGCGCUCGACAUGGAAACGGGCGAGCCCGCAAAUUUGACGGAGGGUGAUGUAACGCUGUGGGUUCGCCAAAAUUUGGCGUCAAAGAUGCAUUUGCGCGUCGUCAAGUUUGCCGACAAAAUGCCUCGAAACGCCAUGGGCAAGGUGAACAAAAAGGACUUGCAAAGAACGCACUUUGCCGAGUACUUUGAGCAGCAGCAGUAG